AUGUCACAUUCUCUCUCCUUCACGCCCAUCUCGACGGCUCUGCCCCUUGAGAUCAUCGAGCACAUCCUCGAGUACAUCGGGGAAGACAGCGACGAAAAUACACUGCGCGCAUGUGCUCUACUCUAUGUCCGCCGUGUGCACAUCGCGUCUUGUUGCCAACGGUGGCUCGAUGAUUCGCCACUCCUCGAAGAUUCACCACUCCCCGCGACUUUACUCAACAUCGUAGUUUCCAAGGGGCGGCUCACGACGUUCGAGCUGCAGCGCAGCGGCCAGGUGACGAUCCACUGGGCCAAGCUCCAUUCGCUCCUGCGACAGGCUGUCUGUAUCGUCCUUCGCCAGAAAACGGUGAUAGACCUCCGCCUGGGGGGCAUACGCAAUAUACCUCUGGGACCUGUAGUCUUGCUCUGCCAGGGCAUCAGGAGGCUCACCCUCGAUUAUACGACCUUCGUGCUCCCAGAGACGACGAUCAUGGCCAACGUGGCGAGUAUCCCUCUCGAGGUGCGCGAUUACGAUCUCGCGGAUAUUGCACAACAGGCUGCCGGCUCUCUGGGUCCCGUUUACGCUCGUCAGCGCUCGUUUAAUGAGGAUUGA